AUGCCAAAACAUACGCCAGAAGUCAAGACUCUUUUCCCUGCAUGGAGAUUCGAUCACUGGAGAGCAGUGGAUGAUCGAGUAAGAGGUGGUUCGAGUAUUUCUCAUUUAGAUGAGAUCGAACUAGACAGUAAAGUCAACCUGCCGUUGAACGAAGAUGAGACUUUAGAAAAGGGGAAUAAGAAUAUCGGAGCAAGAUUCUGGGGUACCCUAGAUAUCAACACACUUGGUGGAGCAGGCUUUGCUUCUCAAUCAUAUCGAUAUGGACCUCCUCCACUUGAACUUCCACGAAUUUCUUAUUCCGGAGUAUCAGUCACUUACCUUCCUGAUCCUCAAACGAAAUACACCUCAUCCACUCCACGAGAUUUCGUUUUAGUAUUGAAACCAAAUCCAACUGCGCAAAUACCUAAACAUCCCAAGACACCUGGUUCACCAAGAGAAGCUCAAUUGACCUACGAAGCGAAUUUCUCCCUUUCUUCUUUCUAUCUCGACAAUAGUCACAAAGAAAAGAAAGUUGAAUUUGGAUGGAACCAAUUUGAACCUACUUAUAGAGGAAGAAAUAUACCUGAAGGUGAUCCAAAAUGGGUUCCUCUAGAUCCCAAGGCAAUCUUCGAAUUAAGUAUAAUGUGUAGAAGUGAUUUCGGUAAACAGCAAGGCGAAUUCGGUGUAGUCAUCACUUCAAUUCAAGCUAUAAAGACCAAAACCAGUGUUGGUAUAUGGAGCAAUAUCAUCGAAUGGUGGAACGGUUUCUCAACAUAUGUGGGCAGGUUUUUCGGUUGGAACAGGAUCACAUUGGAUGAAGUGGAUGAUGAGGAGAAGAGACUAAUCGCUUAG